AUGUUCGCUACAAGUCCGAGUCUUUUCGUCAAAAGUAUUCAUUUUUUCAUCACCGGAUCUCGUCAGUUCAUACUCUAUCAUCGUAAUUAUUUCAACACCGCCUCCAUGUAUUCCGAAUUCGUCAAUCACCACCUCAUAUUGCUUCAACACCCACCUCCAUGUAUUCAAUUUCGUCAUUCAACGGAGCGUACUCGUUUCCCAGCACAAAAAUCGAUCAAAGACUCCACAACAUCCGACCCGUCGUCUUCACAGAAGGCCAACAAAACAUUUCGACUGUUAUCGUGGUGUCCGGACGAGCCGCCUACGUUCCCGACCUUGCUGACACAGUCACCAAUAUGCAAGGAGCGACGAACCGUCAAUGUCUCGAAAGUUUAG